CCUGUGUGUGUGUUCGGUUGUAACGGUUCUGUUGAGCGGAAAGUAGAUGAUGGUGUCCGGUAUCCGGGGUCCGAGGUGUUUGUUUGUUUAUUUGUUUAUUUUCCGUGUGUAAUGCUGAGUUUCUGGUGCCGGAGUCGCGAUGCUGAGUGUGGACUCGCUUCAGGUAGCCGAGGAGGAGGUGGUGGAGUCGAGCUCCAGCCGUCUGGGCGACAUUUACACACUGGUGGCUGAGGGCUGCUACCCGCACGCCAUGAAUCCCAUCCGCAAGAAAAACCUGAAACGAUACGCGCAGAAAUUCAUUAUCGACAAUGGACGGCUGUACUACGUGGGGAGGAAGAAGGAGGAGAAGCGUGAGGUGGUGAUUGAUGCUGAGCGAAAGCGUCAGAUCUUCCUCGAGUGUCACUUCAAUGAGCUUGGCCAUCACCUGGGUCAGAAGAAGACAGUGCACCGCAUCCAGAGCAAGUACUACUGGCUGGGCAUCGUCAAGGAUGUAGUGGACUGGAUCAAAGUGUGUGAUACGUGUCAGCAUACAGAGCGGAACAAAAACAUGGCAAGGAUGCCCAGGCCGCUGAAGGUCGACGGCCCCUGGGACACCAUCACCGUGGAUAUAAUGGGCCCAUUCCCCUGCACUACUCAUGGAGGAAACACUCACCUGGUCAUUAUCACAGAUUAUUACAGUAAGUGGGUAGAGGCAUUUCCUGUCCAGAAGAAAGACUUCCUUUGUGUGGCGAGAUGCAUUUCGUCAACUGUUUAUCGGUACGGUUCAGUAAAAACCAUACACUGCUCUCAGAAUACUGACUUCUGUGGAGAGGUGAGCAAGCAGCUAAGCGAGCGCUGGGGUUUGCAGCUGAAGGUCCAGCACAACGCUCUGCUGGAACACACCAACACUCUGCUAAAGGACACCGUACAGCAGGUGGUGGUCGAGAAGCAGGCUGAGUGGGACGAUUUCAUCGAUCCUGUCCUGGCACUGUUCAGGACGUCAGUAAACCCAGCGACCAGGUUCACUCCCUACUGCCUGCUGUUUAACCGCAAGGCCAGCAUGCCCUCUAAGAUGAAGCUGGAUUUACUGAGUUAUGAGCAAGACGCUGGAAAUUAUUCCCUCAGUGAGGAGCCAGAUAACAGCUUCCUCUCCUCCGUUCAGGAGCAGCAAAAUCGCCUCCACCAGAUGGUUUUUUCCAACAUGAACGCCGCCUACAAACAGGAGAAGAAAAGUGCCAAACGGCGAGGCAGGAACGUGUCCUCCAUAACACUGACCGUCACCGAGCCCUUGUGCCCUGCAGAGGACAUGCCCUCACCCAAAAGACUGAAAGACGACCUGUUCCUCACGUUUCCUGUAGAAACGGUAAUCAGCGCUGUUCAGGUGGUCACGGAGGAGGGGAAGGGCGGGCUGGAGUAUGUGCUGCCGGGGCCUGAUGUACACUGAUAACUGAUUCCGUCAAAUAUCUGACCAGAAGUGGCAAUUUAUAUGAUGCACGUUGUCUGGGGCAUCUGGUGUUACGAUGCUCGUUAUGUAUCGAUGCUUCAACAAUGGAAGUUCGGCUGUUCACAGGUCUGUGCAUUUCCUUGGAGAUGAGUGAAGGUCGAGGACGUGACUGAUAGCAAUGCUCAGUACAUCACACACUUAUCAAUUAGGGCUCAUCCCUAUGAGCUGGAUGUUAUUUGUAAUUGUUGUGUUUUGUAUAUAAUCAUACAGUGAUUCAGUUAUGGCUGAAGGAUUUUUUUUUGUGUCUGAAUUUUCCCAGAAUCCCUUUUUCAUCAUGUUGGCUUUGAGGGUAAUAAACGCUAACAUAUCA